AUGAAAGUGAGAGGAUCUAUUGCCAGUCUUGAUGUUUGGAGACAACAGAAAAAUAUUACCAUUGCAGAGAACGUGUUCCAAAAUCUGAACAAUGUUUUGAGUGAAGAUUUCUUAGAUAUUACUGUUGCGGACAGCAUGGAGCCUGAUGUCAAUGGAAGAGGAGACUACCAAUACCCAAAAGAAUUUGAUUUCAAAAUUGUAUUAAGUGCUGAUAGCGCCAUUGAAGAUCAUUGCGAUGCUUUUAAUCUCAAGAUUUUAGGCUUGAUUUUUCUGCCUGGCAUAUAUAUAUUAACAGCCAAUGCCUAUGGCAGAAAAAGAGCCUGGGCUAUCAGUAAAAAGAAGCACCUGUGUUUCUGGAAUGAGAAAAUCAUUGAGAGGUUCAUCUUGAGAGCAGUCAUUAGUGUGAGGAUUAAUCCUGGAGAUGGUGGGGAACGUUUCUUUGAGAGACUUUUGCGUGGACUUACAGUUUGUGUUGAUAUGCACUAUGAAUGUGGAGGUCAAAUUGAGCUCCGUUCUGGAUGGCAUCUUGCAUUGAUUGAUAGUAAUAGAGAGAACAAGCUGGAACAAGUAGUUGUACAUAAUAUACUGUCUAAGGAUUUUGGACUUGAUAAUUCUCAUUCUCAGGUCCCAAGUGCUCUGGUGCUUGUUGAUGUGGUUCUCGGAUUAUGUUCCACAAACAUUGAUGGAAACAUAAUAGCCCAAUCAUCAACAGAUUUCUGUCUUACAAGUCUGAUUCCUGCUUCAGCUGCUGCUGCUCCUUAUCAAUCGAGCACAUUACUCUAG